GAGAAAAAAGUCAGGGCCCAAAGGACGUGCAUUGAAACCCGAUGGGGCAGUUGGAUGGUCCGGUCCGGAUAACGUCGGAGUUAAAUAGGAGAGGAGCGGGGGAAGGGGGCGGCCGCUGGUGGGUGAGGCGGUUAUAGGAUCGUGAUGAGGAUGCAGCCAAUUUAUCUUUCUCUUUUUUCAACUUGAUCAUCAAGAUGUCCGCGGCUGCCAGACCCGUCAUCAACGUUUACUCUGAGAGUGGUAAGGGUGCCUCCGGCACUGUGCCUUUGCCCGCCGUGUUCAAGGCCCCUAUCCGUCCUGACAUUGUCAACUUUGUCCACACCAACAUGGCCAAGAACAAGCGUCAGCCCUAUGCCGUCUCUGAGAAGGCUGGUCACCAAACCUCCGCUGAAUCCUGGGGUACUGGUCGUGCUGUUGCCCGUAUUCCUCGUGUCAACGGUUCCGGUACUCACCGUGCUGGUCAGGCUGCUUUCGGUAACAUGUGCCGUGGUGGUCGUAUGUUCGCUCCUACCAAGACCUGGCGCAAGUGGCACAUCAAGACCAACUUGAACCAGAAGCGUUUCGCCACUGCUUCCGCUUUGGCUGCUUCUGCUCUUCCUUCUUUGGUUAUGGCCCGUGGUCACCGCGUUGAGAAGAUUGAGGAAGUUCCUCUUGUCAUUGGUGAUGGUGUCCAGACUUUGACCAAGACCAAGGAUGCCGUUGCCUUGUUGAAGUCCGUCAACGCCUAUGCCGAUGUCGUCAAGGUUUCCAACUCUCGCAAGCUCCGUGCCGGUCUUGGUAAGCUCCGCAACCGUCGUCACCGCCAGCGUCGUGGUCCCCUUGUCAUCUACAACGAAGACAACGGUAUUGUCAAGGCUUUCCGCAACUUGCCCGGUGUUGAACUUGUCAACGUCCGUCGCCUCAACUUGUUGCAGCUUGCUCCCGGUGGUCACUUGGGUCGUUUCAUCAUCUGGACCCAGAGUGCUUUCGCCCUUUUGGACGAACUCUACGGUACCUACGAGACCCCUGCUUCUUUGAAGAGCAACUACGUCUUGCCUGCUCACAUCAUGACCAACCCUGAUGUCGCUCGUUUGAUCAACUCUGACGAAAUCCAGUCGGUCGUCCGUCCCGCCGGUUCCAAGAUCCAGAAGCGUCCCUACACCCAGAAGAAGAACCCUCUCCGCAACCAAGGUGUCAUGAACCGCCUCAACCCCUAUGCCCAGGUUCUCCGUCGUGCCGAAAUCUUGGCUUCCGAGAAGCGUGCUUCCGGCAAGGUCUCCAAGGCUCAGCCCAAGAAGAAGGGUGCCAGCACCGCUGCUUCCAAGAAGUUCUUGGAAACCCUCCACUCUGCUUAAGCGCAUCUAUCCUCUCAUUUUAAUAAAGUAAAAGGACUAAAGGAUCUGAUCUGUUUCUUGAACAGGUUGGCAUCGUCUUUUGUUUUUUUGUCAUCU